AAACAAAACUUUCGCGCAAGCAUUCCGCAGUUCACAGAAGCAGUAAUACCACGUCAACUCCUCUUUUUUUCGUUUAACUCAAACGAUUAGUUACACAGAUUUCCGUGAUUAUUUCUAUCGGUCUCUCGUAUUUUGUUUAGGACAUUUUAUGAUCCUAAAUAUAUCGCUUAUAAAGGAAUUUAUAAAAUAAAUUUGAAGGUACAAUACAACAAAGGAGAGAUGUCUUCCCUUCACCAGAAUGCCGGUCAACCGGAGGGCAACAGCAGUUCACUGGAGGGGAACCACCGUAAGAUUGCAUUAAUCACCGGCAUAACGGGACAGGAUGGUUCCUAUUUGGCCGAGUUCCUGUUAGAGAAAGGCUAUGUAGUGCACGGAAUUAUUAGGCGUGCUAGCACAUUUAACACCUCACGCAUCGAGCAUCUCUAUGCCGAUCCCCAUACGCACAAAGAAGGAAAGAUGCACCUUCACUACGGGGACAUGACCGACAGUAGCUGCCUGGUGAAAAUAAUCGGUAGGGUGCGUCCGUCGGAAAUUUACAACCUGGCGGCCCAGAGCCACGUCAAGGUAUCGUUCGAUCUGAGCGAAUACACCGCCGAAGUGGAUGCCGUUGGCACGUUACGACUGCUGGAUGCCAUUCGGACGUGUGGCCUCGAGGGUAGCGUCCGGUUCUAUCAAGCCAGCACAUCGGAGCUGUACGGAAAGGUAGCCGAAAUACCGCAGAAUGAGAAAACUCCGUUCUAUCCGCGGUCACCAUAUGCCUGCGCUAAAAUGUACGGUUUUUGGAUUGUGAUAAACUACCGGGAGGCGUACAACAUGUUUGCAUGCAAUGGCAUUUUGUUUAACCACGAGUCACCGAGGCGGGGUGAGAAUUUCGUAACGCGCAAGAUCACUCGAUCGGUGGCUAAAAUUUCCCUGAAUCAGCUUGAAUGUUUGGAGCUCGGUAAUCUGGAUUCCAAACGUGAUUGGGGUCACGCAAAGGACUACGUGGAAGCAAUGUGGCUGAUGUUGCAGCAAGAGCGUCCGGAAGAUUUUGUCAUUGCCACCGGAGAGUGUCACUCGGUUCGAGAGUUUGUCGAGGAAUCUUUCAAAUACAUCGGCCGAGAAAUCGAGUGGCGAGGGAGUGAUGUCGAGGAGGUGGGCAUCGAGAAGGGAACGGAAAUCGUCAGGGUGCGCGUUAAUCCUAGGUUCUUCCGACCGACUGAGGUCGAUUUUCUGCUUGGCGAUGCCAGUAAAGCCAAGCAGCAGCUCGGUUGGAAGCCGAAGGUCACAUUCUUGCAGCUGGUCGCAGACAUGAUGGCCGCCGAUAUCGAACUGAUGAAAAGAAACCCUAGUGCAUAAGCUAGAGCUGACCCCCAAAGAGAUGUAGGUAGCUUUCUAAAUUUGUCUACACUAUAUGUAUGUUUUAUCUUAAAGUUUAUUUUUAUAUUCAAGUAUUUAACAUUCCUACCUUCACCUAGAAUUUCAAAAAAAUCAAACGUACAGACAAAGUAUUGUGAGGAACAUUUAUUAUAUUAGUUUCUAUAAAACAGAUAAUAUCAAACUCCUCAAACUAGGAAGUUUUCUUAAAAAUAAGUACGCGCUCCAGCGUUUUUGUGUGAUUAUUAUGAUUUCAAAACACCAUUGUUAUCGUUUUAUUUGCAACAUUGCAAUAAACAUUUAAAAAUAAACAUAAAAACAAAGACUACUAGA